AUGACCUUUCUACCAAUAGUGAAUAUAAGUGACCUCCGGCAUUCACCUACCAGAAGCAGAGAUUACUACGUGAACCCAAGCCUAAUUAACGAAGCUGCUAAGGCAGCCUACCAAAGACUAGCUGCAGAAAACAAAAAUCUCUCAAGGAUGGCGAAGAGAGAUACCUUUACAACAAGCUAUACAUCACCUGAUUGUCCUGCUCUUAAAAGACACUAUCAACGUAUGAUGGCGAACGCUUUAGUUUCUUCGAUGGACGAAAAGGCAGCUCUUAUGGAAUUUACGACUUACGAAUUGGCUAAAAGGCUGGGUCUAACAAGAAAACAGGCAUUCGACUUAGCACAUGUCGAUCUAAAAGGAACGAAUCUCCAGAAAAUCGUAGAUGAAGCAACAAGACAGAGGGUUGUAUUUUGUGAGAGCAACAGCAAGUUUCGUACCAUUGAUGGAACAUGUAACAAUUUGAUAAAACCUCGGUGGGGGUCUUCUUUUAACUGUUUCAACCGAUUUCUUCAUCCUAAUUAUGCAGAUGGUUUGUCCAGUCCACGAAGAGCCUUUUCUGGAAACGAACUUCCGAACCCGAGGCUCAUCUCUACAACACUCCAUAGUGACAGUAGCGUUCUGGCAAGAGAUUUCACACAUCUAGUUAUGCAGUGGGGACAGUUUCUUGACCACGACAUUACUCUCACUCCGUUCUCUAGCUUUCCUGGAGAAGACCUAAUUCUCGGCAAUCCAAAUAGGCUUUUGGACUGCUGUGCUUUGGAAAACCAACAUAACUCGCAGUGUUUCGCUUUCAGUAUUCCACAGAAAGAUCCUUUCUUUUCUCAAUUUCAACAAAGGUGCAUGAAUUUUCGAAGGUCUGCCCGUUGCUUGCAUAGUCAAACAGCCCAACGAGAACAGAUCAAUCAAUUGACAUCGUUUGUAGAUGGCUCGCAGAUUUACGGAAGUUAUCUGAAUGACAGUCUAGCUCUUAGGACGUUAAAACAUGAUCUACCUUUAUGUUACGAGUUUUACUUUAGUUCACGUUCUCUUAAAGGUCUGUUAAGAACUCAGACUGACAAUCAAGGUAAAGAACUUCUUCCUGUGACCCCAGAUACUGAGAAAGAUUUGUGCAGCGAUAAAGAGAGCAACAAAAUAUGUUUCCGGGCAGGUGAUGAAAGAGUUAAUGAACAACCAGGCCUUACAUCCAUGCAUACAAUUUGGCUUCGACAACACAACGCCCUGGCUCGUCAACUUAGACAACUUAAUCCUUCUUGGGAUGAUGAGAGACUCUACCAAGAAGCAAGGCGGAUUCUUGUGGCCCAGCUUCAAAUGAUAACGUACAACGAAUUCCUGCUUGUGGUUCUUGGCCCUCUUUACCAUCGCUUCUUUCGUCUGAAACCACUCCGGUUUACCUACACUCGAUAUAACCCAAACAAUAACCCAACUGUCAUGAACGCAUUUGCUACAGCAGCCUAUCGUUUCGGUCACACUCUAAUCCAAAAUCGUUUCAAUCAGGUGAAUUCUAAGGGCAUUACGAGCAAAAUGGUGCUUGAAAAUAAUUUCUUCUUCCCUUUUGGAUUGUACGAAGGUGAGUUAGACUCAACCCUGAAGGGUUUAAUGACCCAAAAUGCACAAGCAUUCGAUACGUUUAUUUCCAAGGGGAUCACAAAUCACCUGUAUAGGCUGCGAGACGAGAAGUUCGGAUUGGAUUUGAUAGCCUUCAAUAUUCAGCGCGGACGGGAUCAUGGACUUCGGAGUUAUACGGAUUAUGUACGGUUUUGCUUCGGAUUAUCUAUGACUCGAUUUAGUCAACUUCUCUGGUUUAUGCCAAGUAGUGCAAGAGAUAAAUUUCAAAAACUCUACGAAAAUGUUCAAGAUAUUGACUUAUUUUCUGCUGGGAUAAACGAGCGCCCUCUACCAGGAAGUGUGGUAGGUCCGACAUUUGGUUGCAUUAUUGGUUUUCAAUUUGCUUUGCUCAAGAAAGGAGAUCGGUUUUACUUCGAGCACAAGGGGCAAGCUGGAUCAUUUACACGAGCCCAGCUGAGAGAAAUACGGAAAACAAGUUUGGCUAGAAUCCUUUGUGACAACAGCGAUGGAUUCAGAAGUGUCAUGCGUCUUCCUUUUCGAACAGUCAGUUUCAUGGGCAACCGAGUUGUUCAGUGCCGAGAUCUUCCGCAACUAAACUUAGAGCCUUGGCGUUCAUGACAUUCAAGAAUUGUCAGGAAAGUGAGAAAUCAAUGAUUCUUGGUACUGACUUUAUCAACAUUAUGCUGCUCUUCCCAUGUGUAGCAUUACUGGUAACAGAAACUUUGCUGAUGGGAGUUUUCACCUUAGGUUUUUAAUUUAAUUUAAAGAAAUUAUUUUCUGAGAUAAAAGAAAUUGUACUGUUGAUUUUAAGUAUGAAUGAAAUGAAUAAAGGUUUAUGUGG